CGUCAGUGUGCGCAGGCGCUCAGAGGGGCGGGGCUUCGUAGAACCCGGAAGAUCAUAAAGUGUUCGAGUGUUACACAUGGUUGGAGACUAAAACAAUGAAGGCGAUCGUUCAAAGAGUAACGAAGGCAAGCGUAACAGUUGGGGAGGAGCAGAUCAGUUCCAUAGGCAGAGGACUCUGCGUCUUACUUGGCAUCUCAGUGGUGGACACGCAGAAGGAUGUUGACUACAUGGUACGUAAGAUUCUUAACUUGCGUCUGUUUGAGGAUGAGAGCGGCCGUGCCUGGAGCAGCAGCGUGAUGGACAGAGAGCUGGAGGUGUUGUGUGUGAGUCAGUUCACUCUGCAGUGUAUCCUCAAGGGAAAUAAGCCUGAUUUCCACUCUGCCAUGCCGGCUGAACUGGCCCAGCCCUUCUACAACAACAUGCUGGAGCAGCUGAGGGAAGCCUAUAAACCAGAACUCAUCAAAGAUGGGCAGUUUGGUGCAAAAAUGCAGGUACUCAUUCAAAAUGAUGGACCUGUGACCAUUCAUCUGGAGUCUCCUGCUGGCCCAACAGACCCUAAACUGCUGUCUAAACAAGAGAAGCAACAGCAGCGGAAAGAAAAAACACGGUCAAAAGGCCCCUCCGAGUCCAGCAGAGAGAAGGCAGCGCUGCGCUCGAAAGCAGACCCCAGCGUUAGCAGUGGAGCAGAGGGAGAUGUGUCCUCUGAACGGGAAUCAUAGAGUACUUCACGGUUUUUGCAACUUGCAGAUCAGUCCAGCUUCCAAUGGAAUGCUGCUGUCUUCAGGGAUGUCUCUCAGUGCAGCUCAUCCCGCUUAUUACUGUCCCUAUCAAAUGUCCAAUAUACUGCCCAGUCUGAUUUUCUUCUGAAACUUGGAUUGUAUGUAAACACAAGAACAAGCGACAGCUCCACAAUUACCAGUAGAAAUAACGACUCAGGCACAUAUCUGUGGUAUUUUAGCACCACUUUAAACACAAUGUCUGAAUAUUUACUAUGCCAUCUAAUUUAUUUAAAUGUAUAC